CCACGUAUGCCGCGUAUCACAGGCUACGUAUAAGUAAAGGAUACUUAAUAGUAACUAGAAGUGACCAAAAAGAAAAUGACGAAAGAAAAAUAUGUCCAUGUCGGCAAAAAAAGAAAUACAGGCUCUAAGGCAAGGCUCUUAAAGAGGAGGUAGAUAGAGAAACAACACCACGCAGCUCUCCACUUCCAAGAAAACAAAUGUCCUGUACUUCUAAUACUUCUUCUCCAGAUGUUGACGAGCCUCCUCUUGAAGUGACGAACGGAGGUGAUAGUAUGAUCGUGCAUCGUGCUACUGCACGAUUCAUAGACCUGGGAGAGUGUCCUUGCGCUUUGUCAGCGGAAGAAGUGCAGGCGCGGAGGGAACGUUACACAGCAGCCUUGAGGACACACGUUUUAGGCCAGCCAGUGGAUCCGAUUUUUCUGCUGGAGUCUCCACCCAGAACAUCUUCACUGCCGCAGAUCGUGAAUCAGGAGCAGCAGUCCGUCGAGCCCUCUAAUGGGGACGGCAAGAAGGAGAUGAAUGGAGAUCACAGUGGCCAAGAAGCCGAUGCAUCUUCAUCGAGUACAGGCGGUCAGGAUGGACGUCGUCCUUUCAAACGCAGCGUGCGAGAUACUAGUUUCGAUCACUACGUGAAGAGUUUGAAGCCUUCACGUGAGAUAAUCGAUCCUGAUCUAAUUUUGUCGAGUUUUCCUGCAAUUGUCGAAUUUGAUGGAUAA